ACCCCUCUCUCUGUCUACACCAAAUUUUCUUUUUCCUUUUUUUUUAUUAUAUAUAUUUAUUUAUAUGUUUUUUUAUCUUUCCGAUCAGUUUUUAUUCUUUACUGAGACAACCCAAGUGAUCCUUCUGGUGUUCUUUAAAAAAGAGAGAGAGAGAGACAGAGAAAAAUAAAAAAGAAAAAAAAGGAGAGACUGGAGAUUCCACAGCUAUAAAAAGAAAAGAAUUGUUUGUUUUUCUUUUGAAUUUUUAUUUUGAGGAGAGGAGGUGAGAUUGACAGGCAGAUCCCACCGAAAUAAAUAAAUAAUUUCACCACACACCCAUCUCCAUAAAACCCCCAGAAUUCACCAUCAUUUCCAUAUAUUUAUUUUAUUUUAUUUUAUUUUAUUUUUCGGCUGUAAGUAAUUGCACAGAGAGAGAUACAGAGAGACGCGCGCGAUGCUGGGCGUUUCAGGAAUCUUGGGAAACUCCGGUGGUGAUGCUCCCCAACCUCACGAAAGUUCCGCCGCCACCACCAGCGGCGGUGAAGUGGGUGUUGCUGGGUCAAGUACGGCAGGUUUGAGUGAAGAAGAAAAGUUGAGAAUUGAAGAAGGAGAUCGGAAUUCGGGUGGAAAUCGGUGGCCUCGUCAGGAAACGUUGGCUCUGUUGAAGAUAAGGUCCGAUAUGGACGUUGCGUUUCGUGACUCCAGUCUUAAAGGCCCAUUAUGGGAACAAGUUUCCAGGAAACUAGCCGACCUUGGUUUUCACCGAAGCGCCAAGAAAUGCAAAGAAAAAUUCGAGAACGUUUACAAGUACCACAAGAGAACCAAAGAAGGCCGAUCAACAAAACCCGAUGGCAAGACCUAUCGGUUUUUCGAUCAACUAGAGGCCCUCGAAAGCCAGCCACCACUUUCGUUGCUUCCACCACCGCCAAGAUCUCAAACCCAUCAGGCAGCACAAUCACCGAAUCCGGUGGCGGUCGCAAUGCCAAUGUCAAUGGCAAUGCCGGCGAGUGCUAAUCUUCCAAUCGUCUCACAAGUCACUGUUCCAUCAACAGCAAACCCUAUUAGUGUAUCACUCAAUAUAAACCCUACAAAUCCUUUUCCAUCAAACCCAUUUCCACCACCACCACCACCACAGCCGGUGCCCGCAACAACCACCACAAUUCCAAACCCUAUAAAUCUUUCUCAAAGUACUCCAAUUCCAUCGUCUCAUCCGAAUAUGUCUUCAAGUUUUGCAUCUAUUUCGUCGUCUUCUUCAACUUCAUCAGACGAAGAGCCCGAGAGGCGGGGCAAGAGGAAGAGGAAAUGGGAGAGCUUUUUCCAGAGGCUAAUGCAGGAGGUGAUUGAGAAGCAAGAGGAGAUGCAGAAGCAAUUUCUGGAGACAUUGGAAAGCCGCGAACGAGAUCGAUUGGCGAGAGAAGAGGCUUGGAAGGUACAAGAAAUGGCUAGAAUGAAUAGAGAGCAUGAUCUUUUAGUCCAAGAAAGAUCCAUUGCGGCUGCGAAAGAAGCUGCUGUGAUUGCAUUCUUGCAGAAAGUGUCUGAACAACAAAUCCCGAAUGUGCCCCAAAUUCAAAUGCAGAUGCAAGUACACACCCAAGAAAAUCCCAUCCCACCACCAGCAGCAGCAGUACAACAACCACCACCACAACCACAACCACAACAACCAGCAGCAGUACAACCACCUCCACCAAUAGUACAACCAACACCACAGCCGCCACUCCAACUACAACCACCAAUACAAUCGUCUGCAAAAAGUCUUGUUAAUCCCAAAACUGAUAAUGGAGGUGAGAAUUUAGCCUCGCCGAGCUCUUCUAGAUGGCCAAAAGCAGAAGUUGAAGCUUUGAUUAGUCUUCGGACAAAUCUGGAUCUCAAGUACCAAGAAAACGGACCCAAAGGGCCUCUGUGGGAAGAAAUAUCAAAUGCAAUGUGCAAAAUCGGAUACAACAGGAACCCAAAGAGAUGCAAAGAGAAAUGGGAGAACAUAAACAAGUACUUCAAGAAGGUAAAAGAGAGCAACAAGAAGAGACCCGAGGACUCAAAGACUUGUCCAUAUUUUCACCAGCUUGAUGCUCUAUACAAAGAGAAAGCAAAGAUUGAUAAUAGUACGAAUUGUUUCAAUCCUGGUGGUGGGUUUGCUGGUAUAAAGCCUGAAAAUCCAAUGGUGCCAAUAAUGGUUCAACCAGAACAACAAUGGCCACUUCAACAAGAACAACAACACCGGCCCGAGGAAGAUCGCGAUAGCGAAAAUAUUGAUCAAAACAAUGACGAUGAUGAUGAUGGAGACGAAGAUGAUGAUGAAGAUGAAGCGAGUGGUUAUGAGAUUGUAACAAACAAGCCAUCUUCGGUGGGGAUGGUUGAGUGAGUAAGUGAGUGAGUGAAUGAGAAAGAGAAGAGAAAUGAGAAGGUCUCUCAAUCGCAAGAGUUUCAAAAAUGUGGGAGUGUGUGGGGGUGGGGGUUGGGAAAGUGAUCUGAGCUGAGCUUAUCUGUGGGUCAGAUUGCAGAAGUUGUCGGCGGGAGGGGCGGGUAUGUGGGUCAGAUUCCGGAUGCAAGGAGAUGCGAGGGUGAGGGGUGAGGAUGGGGGUGGUGAAAAUUUGACAUACAUACGCGGAAACACAUGGGGGUUGUAACUUGUAAGCUAUUUUAUGUUUAUUUUUAUAAUUUAUUUAUUAUUUUGCUAAGUAAAUAAAUUGAGGGAGAGAAAAAUAGAAGAGAGUAGAGAGCAGGGUUAAUUUCAAAGAACAAAAUAAAGAUAGUGUUGUAUUUUUUUUUUUUCUUGGUUGUAAAUUUGAUAAAUGGUCACUAAAAGUGUUUGUUUCUUGAUGAGCAUAGUUUGAGUCUUUUAUAAUUA